AUGUUCGACACGCUCGAGGCCGAUAUCGUGAUCAUGCAGGAGACCAAGAUCCAGCGCAAAGACCUCCAGGACGACAUGGUGCUUGUCCCCGGCUGGGAUGUCCACUUCAGUUUGCCCAAGUACAAGAAAGGGUACUCUGGCGUGGCCAUCUACACUCGCUCCUCCAAAUGCUCGCCCAUCCGCGCCGAAGAAGGCAUUACCGGCAUCCUUUGCCCUCCCAACUCAACCACCAGGUUUCGCGACCUCCCCGUCGACCAGCAGAUUGGCGGAUACCCAAGGCCCGGUCAGCUCUCGAGCUUCGUGGAUGAGCCUACGCUCGACUCCGAAGGCCGCUGUAUGAUCCUCGAGUUCCCCGCCUUUGUUCUCAUCGGCGUAUACAGCCCGGCCACACGAGACGAGACCAGGUCCGAGUUUCGCCAGGGUUUCAUCGACGCCCUAGAUAUCAGGGUCCGUAACCUGGCUGCGCUCGGGAAGCAGGUCGUUCUUUGCGGCGAUCUCAACAUCAUCCGCUCCGAGAUGGACACCGCAGGUCUUCUAGAACGGCUGCGGAAGGAGGUCAUGUCUCUCGACGACUUCUUCUCGAUGCCUUCGCGUCGUUUCUUCAACCAGAUCGUCUUUGGAGGCCGCGUCGAUGGCGAACGGGAUGAAGGCCGGGAGGAGCCUGUGCUGUGGGAUCUCUGCAGAGAGUUCCAUCCUGCCCGCAAGGGCAUGUACACUUGCUGGGAGACUAAGAAGAACGCGAGGCCAGGCAACUAUGGAAGCCGUAUCGACUACGUCUUGUGUACGUCCGGCAUCAGAGACUGGUUCGUCGACUCCAACAUCCAGGAAGGUCUUUUGGGAUCCGAUCACUGCCCUGUUUACGCCAGAAUCGAUAACACUGUCGGCUUUGACGGCAAUAGCAAGACACACAUAGAAGACUUGAUGAACCCCGAGGGCAUGUUCAAAGAUGGCAAGCGGUUGCGGGAGUGGUCGCCCAAGGACCUUCUUCCCACGUCAGCAAAGCUCAUCCCUGAGUUUGACCGGCGGCAAAGCAUCCGCGAUAUGUUCUUCAAGAAAGCAAACCCGAAUGGCAAGGCAGCGAACCCAGCAUCAUCGUCAAGCAUCGACGGCCCAGACAAGCUGAAGCUUGACGAUGCCACUCUUCUCACGCAACACCUAACCCAACUACACCCAAGCUCAAUCUCUACGUCGCAGUCCUCCGACCCAGCCUCUUCAAACACGGCCUCCAGUGCCCCAGCUCUGUCGACAAAGCCUUCUAUUUCCAAACGCCAAGCCGAGCCUCCCCCGUUCUCUUCGAGCAGGCCACCGAAGAAGACAAAGGCAUCUCUUGAUAAGGAAAAUGCAGCGAAAUCGAAAGCCAGUUUAUCGCAGCGGAGUCUAGCGAGCUUCUUCAAGCCAGCGACAACGCCCAUCUCCGACACCAGUCCGGACAAAGAGGCCGAAGACGUCAGUGGCGGCCUUUCUCCCCCGACUUGGCAAGCGAGCAAUCUACACUCCGCAAAGUCAGCGGCUACGCGGACCUCCGCCCAAGACAAAGAAUGGGGCUCCAUGCCUGGCAUUGACAGGGUAUUCGACCCCAUCGAGUCCAAGGAGUCGUGGUCCAAGCUGCUUGGCAAGAGAGUCGUGCCCAAGUGUGAGCAUGGCGACGAUUGCGAGAGCCUGGUCACCAAGAAGCCCGGCGUUAAUUGUGGUGAGUACCACCUUUUGGUUUUUCUCCCUGAAUGCCCGCUCCUUUUCACAGCCAGAUCCCAAAAUCGAGGCUCCCUGAAAACCACCACCCCAACCUUGUCAACUCUGCCUCGACUAACAAACGCUUCCCUUCUUUAUCUAGGCCGAUUCUUCUACGUGUGUGCCCGCCCGCUGGGCCCGAGCGGAGACAAGGAGCAGGGCACCGAGUUUCGAUGCAAAACUUUUAUAUGGAGCAGCGAUUGGAGUGGUCGGCAGUGA